CGCCGGCCGUGAAAGGAACCCUUCGACUUCUCGACAACCAUCCCAUCAGGCCUUUCGGCAAAUUAUAUCAGUCGACCGUCCUUCGAACAUAAUCCGCCAAGAUGGGUAAGGGACAGCCUCGUGGUUUGAACGCCGCGCGCAAGCUCGCGAACACCCGCCGUGAGAACCGUUGGGCCGAUCUUCACUACAAGAAGCGUCUUCUCGGUACCGCCUACAAGUCCUCUCCCUUCGGUGGUGCUUCUCACGCCAAGGGAAUCGUCCUCGAAAAGGUCGGCGUUGAGGCCAAGCAGCCCAACUCCGCUAUUCGCAAGUGUGUCAAGGUCCAGCUGAUCAAGAACGGCAAGAAGGUCGCUGCUUUCGUCCCCAACGACGGUUGCCUCAACUUCAUCGACGAGAACGACGAGGUUCUCCUUGCCGGAUUCGGUCGUAAGGGUAAGGCCAAGGGUGAUAUUCCCGGUGUCCGUUUCAAGGUCGUCAAGGUCUCCGGUGUCUCCCUGCUUGCUCUCUGGAAGGAGAAGAAGGAGAAGCCCCGUUCGUAAACAAUUACGCGAAGGAAGGAUUGCAGCGGGAACGACGGGAAAGGGCCCAUUCCAUGGAACAUUGGAAGAUCACUCCGAUGAGAUCUAUCUUCAGUCUAUGGUCUGGUCUGGAAAUUAUGGUUCAGGACGGAUGACCCUGCAAAUAAACUGCAGCUACUACGAUUGAUAUACUUAUAAAAGAUGGCGCCAUGAUUUAUUUCUUUGGGAGGGGCCCUAAAAUAUCAAGUCUCAAACUUCAAAUAUCUCUGUUCACCAUCUUAGUCGUUGUAGUAUCCAUCGGAGUUCUCUAGAUGUCUUUUUCUUUAACGAUCUAAAUGAUGAGACAUUAAUUUUUGGUGAUGCGGGUACUAGGCAUUUAAUCGCAUGAUUCGUACAUAUAUAUCCAC